AUGAAGAGUCAAGAACCUCGUUCAAGCUCCUCUUGUGCAGCCUGCAAGGCCUUAAAGAGAAGAUGCAUCCCGAAUUGCCAGUUCGCCCCGUAUUUUCGUUCAGAUGAGCGAAAGAAGUUUGCCAAAGUACACAAGGUGUUCGGAGCCAGCAACGUUAGCAAGAUUCUUAAUGAGGUAGCAGAGGAGCAACGAGAUGAUACGGUGAAUUCGCUUGUUUACGAGGCUGAGGUGAGGCUGAGAGACCCUAUUUAUGGUUGCAUUGGGGCUAUAGCUUCUCUGGAGAAGAAGAUGGUUGAAUUAGAGCAUGAUCUGAUGCAUGCUCGAGCUCGUCUUGCAUCUUGUGUUAAUCAGCAUGGGAACAUGGCCACUUGGAUUUCUGAUAUUCCUGUGCCUAGUGGUAUCGUGGAGGCCUUCAACCAGAAUUCGUUUUCCUUUAAUCAAUGUAGCCAUCUUCCAUUUCUUUAA